AUGAGUACUGUUAUACGAAAUCCGUUAUAUAAGCGUUUAAUAACACAAACAUCAACAUCUUAUCAAUCUACAUCAUCAACAGACAUUUCAGUGUCUGUAGAUUCAGAGACAUUAGCAAAACCAUCGUCAUUUUAUUCAUUUAUAUCACGAAUUAUACCAAAACGAGAUAAAUCCAUUAUUCGUCGAACAUACGAACAAGAGAGUUAUAAUGAUGAAACAUAUAUAUCAUACGCAUAUAACAAUAAAAAAGCAAAACGUUUACUGCUCAUGUUUCAUAUAUAUCGAUUAGUGAUUAUUAUUAUUUUAGUUUCGCUUACAUAUCAUUAUCAAUAA